UUGUGUGUGUGUUUGUCUCUCUGAAUGGGGUGUGUGUGAGUGUGAGACAGGUGGGUUUAACGCGGUGGGUCGUGGAAUUCAAGCCCCAAGCUGCAAGCUUGCUUGCUUGCAUGGAUAGGAGGGAAGAAGGGAGGGGUGAGGGUGGCAAUCCCCAAGUCAAAGAGGUGCCGACGUACGUGGGAGCCAUGAACCAACGAGGAGGCCAGCAAGGAUUGCAUUCCAUGGCCCCAACGGAGCAACGAGAUAAGCCUGGCACUUUCUUUUGCAUUUGAUUUCGAGUGGAAGCCACGCUAUGGCACUCCUCUGCCCUGUGUCCACUCUCGUGAAUACAACCACAGCCUCGCCGUCUCGAAUGCGGUUGGUCGCUCGGGGGCGAUUCCCUUGAUAUGUAGUUGCCCCAGCUGGUUUCUGUGUGCACCCACAUUGUGCAGUCGCCCGUUUCAGGCAAUGCUUUGCUCGUGCACUGCGAAGCUUAGGAUGUUGAGAAGGUGUAGUUCGAAGCGGCGCUUUGGUUGUGUCGGUUGCUGAAGUGGGUUUUUUUUUUUUUUUUUUUUUUUUUUUUUGUGUUUUUUUUUUUUUUUUUUUAGCGGUACAUAGAGGAGGUGGAUUUGAAUGCGGGGUGUUGGAUCGGAGUGUGAGAAGAAUUGGAGGUCGUCUUUUGGAAUGGAUUACGUGGGUGGUUUAGCUGUUCAGGAGGUGCUACUCGUUUAGUUGAUAUUGUCUUGAUUUUAACUCUUCUUCUUCUUCUUCUACUUCUUUUUCUACGAAUGAGAAUUUCCCACCUCUUCCCUGUAGAAAUUGUAUUUUCUGGGCUCUUCUGAGGGCUUGGAAUUUCGCAGCUAGCCAUGGGUUUGGCAGUGAGAACUCCAGGCUUACCCUGCUCGAUGAAUCCCUCUAUCAUCGACGUGCCUUGUUUGCCUUACAGUAGCCGCACUGGACCCCCAUCCUUGUUGAUGUUUACAUCCCAUCGUGAUUCUGUAAGAAAUUCUUUAGGAAUUGAUGAAGGUUUUAGAGCUCGAGGGAGCGGCGUUGGAGCUGAAUCAUGGCACUCUGGUGACGUGUUGGUGCCGCGCAUUUAUCCAUCUACCCACACGAGGCAUACUGCGUAUUACCACUGCAAGUUAAGUAGCAACGUGCUUAGGUCGAGAAGUGCGAGAUCGGGAGCUGGGAGACUACACGUUCAAUUGAAAUGCAGUAGAGCGAAUGCGAGAGUGGAGCAGUUAAUGGCUCCCGUAGUUUACAUUGUUUGCAGGAGCUAUUAUACAAAGGCAGGUGCUUUAAUCGAGGCGGUCAAGGAGGGUGCGACUAGGACAUUUGUGGAAAACAAAAACUAUAGAUAUGGUCACCACGUCCGUCUAAUUGUUCAUGGAUCCCUACACACCCUUUUAGAUACGUCUCGGUGCAGGUCAACCUCCAAGAGGUGUGCUGGAGUGGCAAGGUGUUCCGUAGUGGACGGUUUUGAGAUGGAUUUGAGUUCAGAUUCAUCACGUGAAGCUGCUGUACCACAAUCUCCCAAAGGGGUUUUUCCUGGUGGUGUAAGGAGGGCAGAGGUGCGUCUACCAGGCUUGGUUCUUCGCGUUAGGUUGGAGGAAAUGUCAAGAGAAGAACAGAAAAAUCUCCUGCUUGAGGAAAUUAAUACUGCAGUGGCCGGAGGGGUUACAAUGAUUAUUUUGGAAGAUAGUGGCGACGGAGGAUUAGGAGGUGCCAGGCUUUACGAUGCGGGGUGUAUGCUGAAGACGAUGCUGCGCGGUAGAGCAGAGCUUUUGAUAGCAGAGAGAGUUGAUAUUGCUGCCGCCUCAGGAGCAGAUGGAGUCCUUCUGACAGAUGAAGGAUUGCCAGCUGUGGUAGCCAGGAGAAUGAUGCAGAAUUCGGGGUUGGAGACAUCUGUGUUGCCUCUUGUGGCUCGUUGUGUUUCAUCAGUCCAAUCCGCUCAAACAGCGACUGCUGGUGAGGGGGCUGAUCUACUCAUUCUUGAAGUCAAUGACAAGGAAAAAAAUCUUGUCAAAGGAGUUUGCGAUGGAAUUAGCAUCCCUGUGUUUUUAGAGAUUUCAGGGUCUGGAGUUGCAUCUGCCAAAAUCGGAACGGACUUCCUUCAAGAUGGAGCAAAUGGGUUGGUCCUGAGUACGGCUGCUAUUACAAAAAAUGGAGGAGGUGAUCUACCCAAUUAUGUGUCGUCUUUGGUUGCUUCUGUAAAUCUGGCCAUCGAAAGAAGAAAAGAAAUGGAGAACAGUUAUUCGCCAGAAAAGGAAAAGGAAAUUAAAGACUUCGACGUGGAGGAUGGUGGGGCUCUUCUUGGUCUUACGGAGGACGUUGCAGUGAUAAAUCUCGACAUGGAGGAGGAUUCUGUGAAGAAGAAAUCUAAGAAGAUUGUCGAUGAAGAACGCGCGCUCCUCACAGCGAUGGUUGAUUUCGUGGAAGAUGCAUCACCUGAGAUGGAGGAAGUUUCGCUGCUAGUGGAUGCCCUGAAACAACUGGAUGAGUUGUUUUUAUCAGUCGUUGUGGGUGAGUUCAACUCAGGAAAAUCAUCAAUCAUAAACGCACUUUUAGGAAAGAGAUACUUGAAAGAGGGAGUCUUGCCCACAACGAACGAAAUCACAGUGUUGCGACAUUCGACUGAUGGAGGAGACGCAGAAGAGCGGGAGGAGCGGCAUCCUGAUGGGCAUUUCUUACGGUUCUUACCAGCUAAUAUCCUCAAACAGAUGAAUUUAGUGGACACUCCUGGCACAAACGUCAUCCUGCAGCGGCAGCAACGCCUAACAGAAGAGUUUGUGCCGAGAGCAGAUUUGAUUCUCUUUGUCUUAUCAGCUGACAGGGCACUGACCGAGAGUGAGGUGACAUUUUUGCGUUACAUAAAACAAUGGGGCAAGAAAAUUGUUUUUAUCUUGAACAAAUCAGAUGUCUUACCUACUUACAAUGAGGUAGAAGAGGUUCGCAACUUUGUAAGAGAUAAUGCACAACGGCUUCUUACUGUGGAACAAGCACUAGUCUACCCUGUCUCAGCUCGCCAAGCUCUACAGGCAAAGCUUUCAGCUUUGUUAGAAGAUGGCACAGUAGACGUAGCCCGCUUGUCUGAAGACCCCCUUUGGACUACCAGUGGUUUUAAGGAGCUCGAGGAAUUUAUUUUUGGAUUCAUGGGGGCAUCUACUGACAGGGGUGCAGAGAGAUUACGACUGAAGUUGGAGACUCCAUUAGGUAUCAGCUUUGCUCUUUUGGCGGCAUGUGAACAACAGCUGACAGCGGAGGCUUCCAAAGCUGAAAGCGAUUUGAAAGUUCUCGAGGAUGUGCGGAAGCGGCUGCAGAAAUUUGAGGAGGCUAUGCUUAACGGUGCAAUUCUACAGAGACUAAGUAUUUUGGCAGUGAUUGAAGCAGUGAAAGGACGUGCUGAAAAGUUCGUUGAUUCGAUUCUACGGUUAUCUAAUGUUGAAGCGAUUGGAAAGUACUUGCUUGGAUCAGGCGGAGUCCGGUCUAUGCCUGUGUCAAGUGGCUUUGACAGCAAAGUUAUUGGCUCUGCUGUUACUGAUGUUGAGAAAGCACUGAAGGAAUACAAGGAAUGGAUGGAAUCAAACAGCAUCCGCCAACUCAGCAGUUACCGCUCUUUGAUAAUCAGUAGGUGGCCGCAAGUCAAGGAAGAUUCUCAGCAUAAUGUGGAAAGCUCACCAGUAGUUGACUUGCGGAACAGAGAUUCAAAGCACAUGGCUGAGCAAAGUAGUCGUAGUCUGACUACGCUAAUGGACUUCGACACUAACGCCGCCAUUAUACUUUUAGAGCAAGAGUUUAAGGAAGUGGUCGUCAGUAUAUUUAGUGGGGUUGGAGCAGCGGGAAUCUCAGCGUCCGUAUUGACAUCCAUUUUGCCAACCACUCUGGAAGAUCUCAUUGCUCUUGGAGUGUGCUCAGCUGGAGGGUUGGUUGGAGUCUGGAAGUUACCUUCGCAAAGGGAGGUUGUGAAGAAGAAGGUGAGGCGGGUUGCAGACUCUUUAGCAAGACAAAUUGAGGAAGCUAUGAAAGAUGACCUGCAAAAAUCUAUUGACGCUGUAAGAGCUGAAGUGGAGACCUUGACGGCCCCUUACCUUAAUGCUGUUGAAGAAAAGUUACGCCGCGUAGAAAUUUUGCAAGAGGAAUCGCAGAAGUUGGAUUCUGAACUGAAAAGAUUAAGACAGAGUGUACAGAGUAUUGGAAUAUAAGCCUCACAAAAAUUUGAUUUUUUCUUUAUCAAACACGGCAUGCCCAUCUCUAGAAGUCUUUCUCUAUGCAUCCUCCAAAAAAUACACAAUUCUGUGAAUCCAGUUGGACUAGGGAGUGAUGUGCAGAGGGUGUGGUAGAUUUGAUGAAUUGCAGUGGGAGAGCCAAUAUUUGUGAAUAACA